ACAUUUCGUCCACCACGCAGCGAUGAAGAAACUAGUUCAGAAGAAAGCAAUGGUGAAGAUACAAGACGUGGUAAGCGAAGAAUACUGCAAAAACCCAGAAAGAGACCUAAAAGAACUAGACCUAGCGGUGAUGCAGGAACCCAUACACCUUCUUCUAGAGGUAGUUUUGACCCUAAUCCAAAUUUUACUGAUGACCCUAAUUCGGGUUUUACUGAAGACCCUAAUAUGAAACCAGUAUUAUUAACAAGUUAUUUACCAUCUGAUUCUAAUAGAGAAAAUGCAUCUAAGCCUAGUACAUAUAAGGAUCCUGCAUCUAAUCCUGGUACACAGAGCGAACCAGUUCCAAAUCCUGAUUUACAAGGAAAACAUUCUCCUAAUUCUGAUAAACAAGGGGAACCUGCACCUAAUUCUGGUUCAUCUGAAGGAUCUUCAAAUGAUUAA